AUGCCGCAGACGCAGUUCGACAUCGACGUCCGUGGCACACAGGUCGCUAAUCACUGCAAGGAUCAUCCAAAUUUCCGUAUAUCAGCGGAAGCGAGGACACUGCUGGGGCAGUUUCCUACGGUUGACGCCGAUCGAUCGAGUAAGCGGAUCACGAGGUCGGCAAAGCUUGACGAGGAACGUUACCCCUCCGAUUGGGUUGUUGAUCCUCCGGCGGUGCGUCGGGUAUUGAAACAGUUGUGUGACGAAGCUCGACGUCGUCGCGAGAUCGAUACACCGGCUACGCCGGCGAAUCCUUCCUUGGCAGAGUCAGUGAGGCUACCAAUUAGAUUUGCCGACAGGCAGAUUUCAACCAAAUACGGAUCUCGCCUACGCUCCUUUUCGCAUCCGCAAACACGGGACGGCGACAUGCCAGUCACAUCGGCAGCGCCGACCGGUCCGGUAGGUACGGUGCUGUAA